AAAGUGCAGCGGGAGCGCGGAAAAGUAUGGCAAAGACAAGAACAAGAAGACGGUGGCUGAGCCCGUCGACGCCGUAGAAGCGGAAGAAGCAAACGGACGCGGCAAGCGGGAGGCCACCCCCGUCGCCGAGGAGGUAAAGCACGUCAAGAAGCCCAAGAAGGUGCCUGCGGAGGGAAAGAAGGACAAGAAAGUGAAGAACAAGAAGGCCAAGAAGGGAGAGGUGGCGGUGGAGGAGGCCACCGUCGUCGAGGAGGCCCUGGCCUCCGAGGCCGACGCCAAGGUGACCAAAAAGGCCGGCAAGAAGUCGAAGCGCAGCGCUGACGCGGCAGAGCUGGAGCAGGUGCCCCUCUCCGACAAGGCGUCCAAGGGCAAGAAGAAGAAGGCGACGGAGGCCGAGCUGGGCAAGAAGAGCAAGAAGGAAAAGAAGCAAAAGCUCGUCGAGGAACCGCAGGUCGCAGAGGAGGUCGCGGAGGUCGCCGACGUGGCCGAGGCCAAAGAGGCCGGCGCCGCCCUCGUGGAGGAGGCCGUUGAGACGUGUGCCAACGACCAGUGCGUCAACGAGCAGUAGAGGGCCCCGGCCUCCGCAGCCUCCGCGCGCGGCCGCCGUGGACGUGAAUGCUCCUCACUUAUUGCCAAUUUGAAAGGAGACGAGGCUAGGCUAGUGGACUGUGUCGUCACCUUAUGCCCUGCCUGACGGGACCCUGGGCCUUGUUCGUGCGCGGGGCGGGGGGCUCUCGUCAAGGCCGCUCUCGGCUGCGCUCGGCGUCGCCCUCGCCCUCUCCCCCGCCGCUCCAGCACUCCCCUUUUCUGGCCGCUGCCAAGGCGUGCGUUUUGCACGCGCGAAUUUAUUUAUUGCCAGUCGCGACUCACGCGCGGGCCUUCCCCCGCCCAGCUCUGGCCCUGUGUUUAAAUGCAUUUACUGACGCACUGUAAUUAGUCAUUAGACAGGCGUCCCUGUUAUAGUGUUUUAGCGCCCUGGUGGUUUUUAUUUAUACCAUGUGUGUACAUCUUCCUGUUUAUUUGUUUCUUGUUUUAUUGUUGCUACCAGUUUAUCAUGUGCCAUUAAUAGAGAAAGUAAACCAGAUAA